CGUGCCUCGGUUGCCUCGGUCGUCGUAAUUCUUACGUUAACGUGUUUUUUCUUCGCUCUGUGGAAGCGGUUCUCAAUGUCCAGUGAGUACUUCAAACAGCUCGACGCCGAAGCUCGUCAACGGUAUCGGCAGAAGCUCAUGUUCGAGGGCCAAGAGCUGCCCGAUCCACUAGAUGCUGAUGUGGUGCGUUUCAGCUUCUCGUCGGGCUGCAAGAACAUUCCACCAGUGUCCGCAGCGGAUAUUUUUGUUUAUUUGGUUGAGGGUGUAUGCUUCUACACCAAAGAACAAUUUAAGAACUUCAAGCUAAGUGACGCGUACAAUUCAUUCGUGAACGGGAAGGUGAAGCGCGUCUCGUCUUUUAAGGCUGGCAAAUGCGGCGAAGGUGUCGUCCUGAUCGUGGCAUCUGUGGAGGCGAGCCAAACUCUUUCUAAGACGUACCAGUCUUGGUGUGUGGUGAGGGACGACGGUGCCGUCGCAAGUGCUCACUGCACGUGCAUAGCUGGUCUUGGAGAAUGCUGUACCCAUGUUGCUGCCUUGCUUUUUAAUGUGGAGGCAACUGUCAGGUACGGCCUUGACAAGCAGUCACCAACAGAUACUGCCUGUGGGUGGAUUGAGGUGACGAAGAAAGCUGCAGCGGCUCCAGUUAGUGACAUAUUAUUUUUCAAGCCGAAAAUUGGACAAGGUGUACCAGAUGAAACACCAAGACCCAAAGAAGCUGUACCCACUUGGAGUACGGAGCAACUGCACAGCUUGUUUCAUGAAGUAAAAUCACUUGAACCAAGCACACUGCUCAUCAGCUCGAUUUCUGAUAGCGAGGAAACUGAUUCUUCCCCAGAAACAAGUGAACAAGGUCCUGUGCAGGCAGUGAACCAGCAACUGGCAACGCAGCUUCCAGUUGGAGGCAUGUACUCUGGCAUUGACGCAACGGCAGCCAAGGAACUGCGCUUGUCAAAGGAAAGCUAGGACGUCAAGCCAGGAAUGGAAAACUGAGCUCACGGUAGCUGACGAUAUGCCAAAUCUUCCAGCCAAGUCCUGUGUCAGCAAGCCAAGCCGCAGCCUCAUUAAUACCAAAAUAAACUGCUGGGUAUGGCUGAGGCGAGUCAUGGAUGGAGGAUGCCAAAUGGACAACAACAUCUGCAGUAAUGAGUUAAACAUGGCAAUCGAUACUAGUCCUGUGUGAAAUUUUACACUCUUGUUUGUUUUUGUAACGAUGCCCUCAGUAACUUUUGCAUGGUCCAGUGGCACUUUAAGCUUUUCUAGCGUGGCGAUUUCGUUUUUGGCGGCUUCCAACUCUAGUUCUAAACAUCUGACACGCUUUUUGUUUCUUUCGUUUUCCAGAAUUUGCACUGAAAUAUCUUGCAUUGAAAGAAUGGUCUCUGUUGAAGCAUCGCAUGCUGCUUCAGCGUCCACUGCCCCAUUGCUGCUGUCAGAACCUGCAUUGUCGCUUGUCUGAGAGCCAGCUGAAGCUACGGCAUCCACUUGAGCAGCACAUCUCUUGUUAGUGCGCUGGAAACGAUCAAGCUUCUGCUGCAAGUUUCCAUGAGUACGGUAUGGAAACAAUGUUGGAAUGUAGUCUGGGUGACUUGGAUUGGAUGAUGGUUUACCUGCAGAGCACAUUGACAGAGAAUAAAAAAACUGCUGAAAUAAUCACAAAGAAAUGGGAAGUUGGUCAUUGUUCCCUAAAGCAGCAAAUUAAAAGCAUUGAACUACUAAAAAAAGGGGGCAUCAGCCACAAGGAACAAUUGUUUUUUUUUUUGCAAGAGUUUGUGUGCAAAUUCUGCCAUGCAACUUAAAAUCAGUAAGGCUGAUUGUGUGCUGAUAAAUUAUAAAACUACAAUAAAGGCAUACAACUGUUUGGUUGGCAAAGUUGUCCUUCAUUAUUAAGCUUUGAUGUUUUGGUUGUUCAAAACACGAGGCUAUCAAUGUGGAAACUUCCUUAAAGCACUUAGUAAGAAAUGUAUAUUUCUACCUAGUGCUUGCAAAUUUUCAUGGAGUGAUCUCUCACUUCAAAUGAAACAACAGAAAGCUUUACUCAUGAAGAUUAAAUGCUAUCACAGACAACUGAACACUUUUGAAUCAUCUCCCUUAUGAAAACUUGCUACGCCGUUC